AGAGAGAGAGAGAGAAAGAGAGAUGAAAUCAAACAAAGCAACCUUCUUCUUGGGCUUGUUGCUUGUAUAUGCUUUUUGUAUAAUGUUGAUAGAGAGUAGGUGUUACACAAACGACGAUUGCAAAGACGGGCAACCAUGUCCAGUGCCUCUUGCUUGUCUAUUUGGCAGCUGCAUUUGUCCAUGGAAAAGUCAAUCAAAAUUACCAAUUUGUCAAAUCAUAUGUGCGAAUUUGGAUUAAAAAAACUGUAAAUUCUUAUGAUCCUUGUGGUUGCAACUAUAAGUAAAAUAAAAAUAUAAUAAAAU